AUGCUUGGGAUGUUGUCCAUGUUCUAUGCGGCCCAGUACCACCAGAUUCUGUCCCAGCAGGCAGCAGUGACACCUGGGACGCCGGUCCCUCCGCCCUAUACCCUUCAACAGGCGCAGACGUUAUUCUGCGCCUUGACGCCAACGCAACAGAAGCAGGUCCAGACCAACUUCAUCGCUCGACAGAGGUUGGCUCAGCAGGCGCAGCAGGCCCAGCAGCAGGCUCAGCAAGCCGGUGCGGCUCCCCAAGCCGCUGGCCAGCCGCCUACUGCCGGUGCAGCUCCAGCUCAGCCUGCUCCUGCCCAACCUAGCGCGACGGCGUCGGCAGCCUCGACCGCCCCCGCCACCCCAACCCCCGCACCGCCAAAGGCCGACAAGCCAAAGGCUGACAAGGCGGCCGCAAAGUCUGCUGCUUCUGCUGCUGCUGCCCCCUCUGGCUCUGCGCCGACCCCGCCUGCGGCCAAGAAGAACGCGCCUGUCCGCCCACGCCCUCCAAAGGAGCCCAAGAAGGCCCGCAUCGAUGCUCCGGAGAAGGAGAAGGGCAAGGAGAAGGGCAAGGGCAAAGAGAAGGAUAAGGACAAGGACAAGGGCAAGGAGCCUGAAGCCGAGAAGAAGGAGGAGAAGGAGAAAACUAAGGCGACCAAAGACAAGGACGCCGACAAGAGCAAGGAUGUGCAGGCGGUUACCGAGGCAGCGCGAAUGGCUGCCGCUGCGCGCGACGACACGCCAGACGUCGAGGGCCUCGCUACCACCGCCGACCCGCGCCGCCCCCGCAAGGAGGAGGGUGGCUUCCGCGGCUCAAUGCGCGGCGAAAUCGCGCGCCUGAUGUACGCCGCCGGCGAUGUUGUGGACCCGGACGUCGACUCGGUCGACUACAUCGAGGACAUGGUUAUCGAGUUCCUGUCCGACCUGUGCCGGCCUGUUGCGCCGAUCCGCGCCAACGUCAACGCUGCGCGCUUAGCUGUGCCGCUAUCUGCCGACACGGUCCGCCACCGACUCGCGACGCACAGCCACCUGCGCAAGUACCUCGAGCGCUGGGACCACAUGGCGUACAUGUCUGUCGAGCUGCAGCAGUCGAAGCGUGUCGCCCAACCGAGCCACAUGGACCUGAUCUCGAGUGUCGGCAAGCAGUUCCUCGGGCUCGACGGUGAGCAAGAGUCUGGCAUUGGCGUCAAGCGCCGUGCCGCCGCGGCCGACAUCAACGCCGACGGCGACGUUGUCAAGCGCCGCGGCCGCCCGCCCAAGAACCCCGAGGAGCGCAAGAAGCCGGGCCCAAAGAAGGGGUGGAAGAAGAACCUGGACCCGAACGCGCUGCCCAAGAAGCGCGCGCCGCAGGGCAGGCCGUACAAGAAGAAGGACCGGCCGCAGAUCGCGUCCGUGGCCCCGAGCCCGAAGAAGCAGCCGUGA